AUGGAAGUUCUGGAUCUGGAUUCAGAUUGCUUUUUGGUCAAGCUUGACAAUGAGCAAGAUUACUUUCGAGCGCUCACUGACGGACCUUGGGUGAUGUUCGAUCAUUACCUGGUGGUCCAACAAUGGUCCCCCGACUUUAGUACUUCCGAUCCUCUUCCCAAGACCAUGAUUGUUUGGGUGCAGUUUCCAGCGCUCAAGGUCCACUUUUACCACAAAGAAGUGCUCACGGUUCUAGGCAAUCUGAUUGGGCGAACAAUCAAAUUGGACUACCACACGCUUACCCAGCAAAGAGCUAAGUUCGCCCGGCUGGCCGUGGAGGUAGACCUUUCCAAACAUUUGGUGCCGAGAAUCUUUCUCGACGGCCGCUGGCAGAAAGUUGAGUAUGAAAACCUCCCGUUGGUCUGCUUUGAAUGCGGGAGAAUUGGUCACAUGAAGGCUCUUUGUCCAUCACUCCGACCGGAAGGUUCGGCCGGCGAGAUCGUUCUAGCCGGAAGCCUCUCGUCGACGAUGACGCGUCCGGCAGAGGUAGAAUCAAACCUGGGAUUUGGGCCUUGGAUGUUAGUUACCAAAAAAAACUGGCGGAAUUCAAGGGACAACCACAAAAAAGGUAAAUCAGAGAUGGAAUCAGGAAACCCGAAUCAGGCCAACGUUUCGAGGAAUAACAAGAGUGUCGGGAAGAAUAAGGAAAGUGGGGAAUCUACAGUUCACUCCCACCACAAAGCUGCGACCCUGCAACGGUCUCUGCCGCAGGACGGGAAAGGAAACCCCUCGAAGAAAACAGGGGAAGCGGCGGACAAGGGGAAAGCUAAAUUGGUUUCGGAAGUCUCGGGUAACGGUAAGGGCCUUUUAGGCUUGGCCCCAACCCUGAUUACUCCUCUGGCUACUGGGCCUCGGCCCAAGGAAGAUGCAAACCGGGCUUCUACUUCGCUCUCAACCGAUGUUCAUCAGGUGCAAUCUAGUGGACCCUCCAAGGCUCUUGUGAUAGAUGGACCGAAGAUUGUCAACUCACCCUCACUUCAGCCAAUGGCGUCGGAUACGGUCAUUGGGCCUAAUGGAACUCACAUACAGAUCCCGGAAAUACAAUCCCCUUCGCGGAAACCUUCUCGGAAACGUGAGAAAACAACAACGACGACUAAUGAGAGGUUGAAGCAGACGAAAAACUCGAAGAUGAAAUCCAAAAAGCACUCCCUGAUCAAGUGCAAUCCGACAAAGCCCCUGCAGAUUUGGUCGCCGGUCAAGGACAAAAAGAAUAGAUCAAAGAAUCGGACUGCGUCGCUCACGCUCCAGGACAUCAACGCGUGGACCGGGGCGGUGGAGAAUGCGGGGAUGUUCAAAUCUGGCGAGGAAGGUGUGACCCCCAUGUCGGAGCACCCUCUGACUAGUCAGGUUGCGGUCGUCGGCGACACCCAGCCAUCUUAA